GCUUGGAGGUCUGGGCUCUGCCCGCUUCUCGCACUCCAGCAACUCCUCCGGCCUCCCAAAGGCCCCGCAGGGGGAGGGAAGAGCCAAACCCACCCCCUCCCUUCAGCCCUCCUCCUCGCAUGCACAGUCCGGCGCACCUUCCAGUGUUUUGCUUUGGCUGGGGAGGACCAGCAUCCCCAGGAUCGGUCCUUAAUCCCGGGAUGCUCCCGCCGGGGACCAGUCUGCCCUGCGCCCCGGGGUGCGCGGAGCCGCGGCCACCGUGCCGGACGCCCGGACUCUGAGAACGCCCGUGGAAGGAAAGAACCGCAGGUCCCAGGAACGUGGCUAGUCUGGCUAUGGUGACAGGAAGAUGUUAGCUAGAAAAAGCAUCAUCCCAGAGGAAUAUGUACUGGCUCGCAUCGCCGCGGAGAACCUGCGCAAACCGCGCAUCCGCGACCGGCUCCCAAGAGCCCGCUUCAUCGCCAAGAGCGGGGCCUGCAACCUGGCGCACAAGAACAUCCGCGAGCAGGGUCGCUUCCUGCAGGACAUCUUCACCACCUUGGUGGAUCUCAAGUGGCGCCACACGCUGGUCAUCUUCACCAUGUCCUUCCUCUGCAGCUGGCUGCUCUUUGCAAUCAUGUGGUGGCUGGUGGCCUUCGCCCACGGGGACAUCUACGCCUACAUGGAGAAAAGUGCGGUGGAGAAAGGCGCCCUGGAGUCCACUGUGUGUGUGACUAAUGUCAGGUCAUUCACUUCUGCUUUUCUCUUCUCCAUUGAGGUUCAAGUGACCAUUGGAUUUGGAGGCAGGAUGAUGACUGAGGAAUGCCCUCUGGCCAUCACGGUCCUGAUUCUCCAGAACAUUGUGGGUCUGAUCAUCAAUGCGGUCAUGCUGGGCUGCAUCUUCAUGAAAACAGCUCAGGCCCACAGGAGGGCAGAGACUCUCAUUUUCAGCCGCCACGCUGUGAUCGCUGUCCGCAAUGGCAAACUCUGCUUCAUGUUCCGCGUGGGUGACCUGAGGAAAAGCAUGAUCAUCAGCGCCUCUGUGCGCAUCCAGGUGGUCAAGAAAACAACGACCCCCGAAGGGGAGGUGGUGCCCAUUCACCAGCUGGACAUCCCGGUGGAUAACCCCAUUGAGAGCAAUAACAUCUUCCUGGUGGCCCCUUUGAUCAUCUGCCACGUGAUUGAUAAGCGCAGCCCCCUGUAUGAUAUCUCAGCCACUGACCUCACCAAUCAAGACCUGGAGGUCAUCGUGAUCCUGGAAGGGGUAGUGGAGACCACCGGGAUCACCACACAAGCACGGACCUCCUACAUCGCAGAGGAGAUCCAGUGGGGCCACCGUUUCGUGUCCAUUGUGACCGAGGAGGAGGGAGUGUACUCUGUGGACUACUCCAAAUUUGGCAACACAGUGAAGGUGGCCGCCCCGCGCUGCAGCGCACGGGAGCUAGACGAAAAGCCGUCUAUCCUGAUUCAGACCCUCCAGAAGAGUGAACUGUCUCACCAGAAUUCUCUGAGGAAGCGCAACUCUAUGAGGCGGAACAACUCCAUGAGGCGAAACAACUCCAUCAGGAGGAACAACUCUUCCCUCAUGGUGCCCAAGGUGCAGUUUAUGACUCCUGAAGGAAACCAGAAUCCAUCAGAAUCCUGACAGCAAGAUCAUCUGAGAUAGUGAGUUCUGAUGACCAACAGACAGCCUAAGACAGUCACUCACUGAGUGUCCAUUACUAACACACUGGGCUGUCCACCAAACUAGGUUGGACCAUAGUCAUUUAACUCACAUUUUAAUGCACUACAGAAUAUUCGUAUUUAAGAAACAACACUCUCUGUAUUAAUAACACACAAGACAGAGGAUUCUUGGCUUAUACUUGUUUCACCCACACAGAAUGUUGCAAGGAUGUUGCAGGGAUAUGCGAAUUUAUGGACAUAGGAAGUGGGAGGCCACCGUUGCUCUCAUUUUGAAACACAGUUUAGGAAUGGACCUUGAAUCCCAAAUCUGGCUGAGGAAAGUCUAUUUGAAAUAUGUAAUUGGUCAAACCACAGAGUGUUCUGUUACUCACGCUGGAACUACAAAUAGAGCAGGAAGGGAAAAAAUAUCCCGACUCACAUGAAAGCCCUUUUAUAUACCAACCUUAUGUUCUUCCCACAAUGCUGUACCUGGUAAGAAUCCUAAGACAAACCUCUUAAGACUACCAGGUUCUAAGCAGAUUUCAUUCAGUCACUUAAUCCUUCAUAUCAACUUCUGGAGCUUUCCAGAUCCUUCUUCUGACAGCCUGUUGGGCAGAACUGGGCAAGGAGUCUUUGCCGAAAAGCUGAUUCCUAACUCACAUAAAAGUCGUUUCCCAACAGCAAGAAUCGCUUUCACAGCUUUACACUUCUUGAGAGCCUUAUCCUGAGAAAUGCUGUAUUGGGUAUUUUAUUAAAAGAGUUUCUUUAUA